AUGCAGGCUCGAGGAUUCUCCAUUGUGCUUCUUCUGCUUGCUCUAUACUGUGGUUUAGACCCUUUCAAGCAAAGCCCCAUUGCGGGCUUCCCUGACUUUGAGGUGCACAAAGUUGAAAUGCCCGCAUGGUCUGAGGUUCCUACUGACCGAGACAAGGACAACUUGUUGGAGAAAUCGGACCUCAUGUUUGUGAACCAAGUGCAAGGACCAGAAAGCAUUGGCUUUGAUCCUCUUGGCCGUGGCCCUUACACUGGUGUUGCUGAUGGAAGGAUUUUGUUUUGGAAUGGACACUCUUGGACUGAUUUUGCAUACACCUCCCCCAAUAGAUCAGAACUAUGUAAUCCCAAGGCAUUUGCAUCGCCACUUAGUUAUGUGGAGACUGAGCACAUUUGUGGAAGGCCUUUGGGACUCAGAUUUGACAAGAAAACUGGUGAUUUAUACAUUGCAGAUGCGUAUUUUGGGCUGAUGAAGGUGGGGCCUCAGGGUGGUUUAGCAACAUCUCUUGCAACAGAGGCUGAAGGGGUGCCACUGAGAUUUACUAAUGAUGUAGACAUUGAUACGGAGGGGAACAUUUAUUUUACAGAUAGCAGUACUAAUUAUCAGAGGAGGAAUUUCGCUCAGCUUGUAUUCUCUGGUGAGGAUAGUGGCAGAGUUCUGAAAUACAAUGCCACCACUAAGGAAACCACUGUUCUGUUGAGGAACGUUCAGUUUCCAAAUGGCAUUUCCUUAAGCAAGGAUGGUUCCUUCUUUGUCUUUUCUGAAGGGAUGAUCGGAAGGUUACGCAAGUACUGGCUAAAAGGAGAUAAAGCUGGGACUUCAGAGAUCUUCGCAAUCCUCCCUGGUUUUCCGGACAACGUGAGAGUGAAUGGAAAUGGUGACUUUUGGGUGGCUCUCCAUUGUAGAAGGAAUAUUUACAUUUACCUGAAUGCUAUCUACCCAAAGAUGAGAAAAGUCAUAAUCAAGCUACCUAUUCCAUUAACGAUUCAAUACAUGAUUCAAAUUGGAGGUAGGUUCCAUGCGGCAGUUGUUAAGUAUAGCCCGGAAGGUAAACUCAUGCGGAUAUUGGAGGACAGUAGGGGAAAAGUUGUCAGAGCAGUGAGCGAAGUGGAGGAGAAAGACGGCAAACUUUGGAUUGGAAGUGUUCUUAUGCCUUUUAUUGCAGUUUACAACUUGCCAUGA